UAUUACGCUUUACUAGUGUUGUUAGUUUGGUUCAGUGAGACCUCAAACAUGGCUCAGCAGGAAUACAAAAUGCUUGGUGACAAAAUGUUCACCUACAAAGGAACUGUUUUAACUUUGGCAGAAAAUCAUGAUCUUACUCCAGAAUAUAUUGACAGUUUGGAGGAUUUUGAAACAAAGGAUGAUGAUGUCUUUGUUGUUACCUUCCCCAAAUCUGGUACCGUGUGGACCCAGCGGAUCAUGACGUUAAUAUAUGCAGAAGAUUUCCCGGACAAAGCCAACCAAAUCACAUACGAACAGAUGCCUUGGCUGGAGUAUCGGAUCACAGGGAGAGAUUACAACACACGUCCAUCUCCAAGACUCUUCUGCUCCCAUUUACUCCAGCCGCUGAUGCCCAAAAUGCUGCAAGGAAAAGGAAAAGUCAUCUAUGUCAUGAGAAACCCUAAAGACGUCAUGGUGUCAUAUUUCCAUUUUUCCAACAACAUGAAACAACUGGAUUCUUCUGAGAGCUUCGAUGUGCUGCUGGAAAAAUUCUUCACUGGAUACAUGGUUGGUGGCUGUUGGUUUGACCAUGUUAAAGGAUGGAUCACAAAUCAAGACAAAUACAACAUCCUGAUCCUUACUUAUGAAGAAAUGAUCAAGGACCUCAGAUCCGUCGUUGUGAAAAUCUGUGAAUUUGUGGGAAAGAAUCUGUCAGAUGCAGCGAUUGAUAAAGUGGUGGAGGCAGCAACAUUCAAGCACAUGAAGAAAGACCCGUUAGCCAACUAUGAAUCACUUUUCCUGACUGCCGCAGACCGUCCAAAAGGACUUUUUUUGCGCAAAGGAACAGUUGGGGACUGGAAGAACUCUUUAACCGUGGCUCAGAGUGAAUGUUUUGACCGUGUCUACCAGGAAAGAAUGAAGGACGUUCCUCUUAACAUGGUCUGGGAAAUCUCAGAAUUGCAUGGCUGAAAACUCAAGACUUGGCAUACAUUUUUACAAGCUUAUAAAGAUAAAACACUAGCAUUAUAAUAAAAGGAAACACUUACAUGA